CCGGGGCUCCUCAUCCACAGCCUCCUCAGGAACAGCCUUGUCCUACCUCCUCUGCAUCCGGCUCCCUGACCUCCUGCCCCGAUGUCCUGCCAGCAGAACCAGCAGCAGUGCCAGCCCCCUCCCAAGUGCCCCUCGCCCAAGUGUCCCCCAAAGAGCCCGGCACACUGUCGGCCUCCAGCCUCCUCCUCAGGCUGUGCUCCCAUCUCCGGGGGCUGCGGGGGCCCCAGCUCUGAGGGCGGCUGCUGCCUGAGCCCCCACAGGCGCCGCCGGUCCCACCGAUGCCGGCUCCUGAGCUCCGACUCCUGCGACGGAGGCAGUGGCCUGCAGUCCGGGGGCUCUGGCUGUGGCCAAGGCUCUGGGGGCUGCUGCUGACCUGGGCUCCUGAUGCUGAGACAAGCGAUUUCAGAGGAAACAAGAACCCAAGGGGCUAAGGAAAAAUCUCAGUUUGAUGCAUCCUUCCUCGGAUACCCUAACCUUCCUCUCCAGGCUGAGAAGCUGAAAUGCUCUCAGGAGAGGGGUGAACUCUCCCUGGAAGGCUCUGUAUUUCCCAGGAGCCCAUGGGCUCCCCUCCUCUGUGCCUCCCUGUGUUAUCACCUGUGUCUGACCCUAUAGAGAAAUAAAGCCUCUUCUCAUACCA